ACUGCGCAGCUUCAUUUGAUCAGCUGGGUGCUGCACGCGGCUGGUGUGGUGCAGGUGAAGCGAUGCCUCAGGCUUGUAUGAACUUUGAGCCUAACAGAAGGGGAACCUAUCACAACAGCUGUAAAACCAAUGAUCUGAUCAACAACACAGGUUUGGUUAAUGGAGCAGUUGUUUACAAUGGAUGCUCAGCUUCUGCCAGCAGAAUCAGUAGGAGCACACCAGCUGGCACACAGCAUGGUCCUAAACCCACAUACAGGAUUAACGAUUAUUUUAACUAUGGCUACAAAGGCAAGAGUACAAAAGCAGCACCCUCAGAGACCCUCAAGAAACAAGGAUGCAAAAUUCCAGCUCUCUGUGAUGCCCCAGUAUCUGAUGGAAACGGCAGUGAAGAUCUUCUGAGUGGUAACUCAGCCAAAGUUAGUGCUCCGCCCAGUAACAUUGACCAAAAGGUACCAGAUCCCAGCCUAUCAGCGUCAGGGAAGAAGAAAAGAUGGAGGAGAUCGAGACACAAGAAGAGAGACAAAGAAGUCGUCUACCCGGAAAUUCUUUCACCCACAGAAGCGGAGGAAGACUGGGAAAAAGAGAUCCAGGAGGGCACACGCUCUGACUGGAAAAACAUGUGUUUUGGGGUCAGACCUUAUGGUCCAGAAGACGUCCUCCGUUUUGCUUUGCAGGACCUGACACUGAAGCAAAGGGACACAGCGGCCCUGCCGGUGUCAGCCAGUUACAACCCAGCGGUGCACCACCCACACCCCCUAAUAUGGUCCCGUCACAUCAUUCCCACUGAGCCAGACCAAUUCGCAGACGCUGACUAUGCAGCAGGGGCCAAUAAGCAGCGGAUGCGGUGGGCGUCCAGCUGCAGGCGGCCCUCUCAAUGGUUUCUCCCACCAUGAAGGCGCUGGUGGAUGCCGUAUGGGCGGUGUGGAGCAUCGGGGUCUCCAUCUAUGACUACAUCCACACCAGUGCGAUGGAGGAGCGCAUCCACGCCUUGGAGAACGUCAUCACCAUCCACCAGUUUGUGAUUGGGCUGUUGUCUGCUGGCGUGUUGGUACUCUUCACCUACAUCUUCUUUAAAAAGCUCUGAAGAUGUGUGAUGUGGAGGGCUGGGGUUGGCAUGUGGGAGGUGAUGUAACCAGAAUUUUGGGUACAUUAGAAAUGCUCACAGGAGUCGUGGUUCUCGGUUUGGUGUUCAUGGAAGGUACGUUAGUAUAGUUUCAGGUUUUUCUUUGUGUUUUUUGGAGGGGGAACACAUACAACCAUAUACUGUAUUUAUUCCUAAAAUAAGAAAGGUGGUAGAAAUGUGGAAAACACUAAAGACCAUCAAGAUAUUAAGUUCAUUUUUAACUGUUUUAAAAUGUGGUCCAACUUUUUUCCCUAAACAUGUUUGGAGCUUAAAACGCACUCAAGUACACGCCUUCUAAUAAGCGUCCAACUAUUUUUAAAAGGCUACAAUAGAUUGAAGUUGAAAUUCAUCUGCUGAUAUUCAUAAAAUGAUAACUUUUUUUUUUCUUUUAAUAGCUAAAAUACUGAAAUUGUAACAGUUUCCACAAAUUUAAGGGUUAUAAAUCCUUAAAGACCAUCAUGAGCUGAUAUGGCUCCCCUUGCACUCUAUUGCAGAUUUUGCAGACUGAAGCUGCAGAGUAAAAUGUACCCCUCCCUGCAUUAAUGUUUCUCAGGUUAGCUUCCCCCCACCUCCACCCCACCCAAAUUUUAGAAACAGGAAACCCAAGUAGCUCAACUCCACUUACAGAGAAAUUUGCAGUUCUGCUUGUUUUUGUAGUGGGGUCAUUAAACAUACCACUUUCUGCCUUAAUUAAUAUUUUCAUUCAAUGAAAAUUCAGUUCAGGACAGAGAUGAUGUAGUUUUGUCUCAAAGAUCUUCUACAGAGGACUGUCAUUAAUUUAUCUCAAGCUCCCCCCAAAACUGCCACAUGGACCUCAUGUUAACAACCUGCAGGGCGUUAAGAGUAAACACCCUCACACUCUCUGUCUUUAUCAUUUUCAGUUAAACAUGCUUUUGUCUAGUGAUACAAUUUGAUACUGUAGGUCUACAUGUGUAUUUUCUACUAGAUUUUAAUGUGUAACAUGAUCUAUUUAUAAGCUUUUUCCAUUAAUAUUGUUAUACCUCAUAACUUUCCUACAUUGCUGUAUAAACUGUAACAAUUUAAAGUGUCCUUACACACUGUAAAUAUAUUUUGAUGUUGGCAGGUGUGGGUUUUUGCCCUUUUAGUUGGCCUUGAACUCAUCAUACAUGUGCUAUUCCCUCACACAGUACUGCUGCUGCUGCUGCGUAUUUAUGGUUUGACCUUUAAAGGCAACAAUUUCUACCAUAAAAGGUGAGAAUUAAGUGAUACUUGAUACUGACAGCAAACAAUGUGCGAUGUAAAGUAUGCUUCAGAGGAUAAAAUGUUUUUAUCAAAAUAAUCGCUCCAAUCUAUAAGUGUUGGAACAGUGAGAGCUACUGUUACAUGACUGCUUUGUUAAAAAAAAAAGGGGUUGUGUAAUUUUACUGUGUCAGACAGACCAUAACCCGAGAAAACACCCAAGAAUGAAAGACUGUUUUAAUAUCAUCUUCAUAACAGUAUUAAAAUGUAUCUUCUCAAAACGA